GGUUGGUGCCUCUGACUUGAAUCCAGGAGGAAUGAUUUACUUGGGCAUGAAAGCAGGAUGGAGACCACAAAGUUUGUGUUGAAAUCUCCAAGAAUCGCCCGCGUGCCCUGGCAGGUCUGUAGUGCCGUCGGUCACUGAUCAGAAGGUAUUUCACAAAUGCAGCCAGGGGUGGUUUAUCAUCCCUGUGCCGGCAGGGGAAACUGAGGCACAGAAGGGGGCAGUGACUUACCCAGGGUCACACAACGGGGCCUUGGCAGACGUGGGAAAGGUGUGAGGAGCACCCGGAUCCUAAGCCUCUACUUUAGUCAAAAACCUGGCUUCUACCAACUCUACCAGCAGCCUCUGUGUUUUCCAGGGCUCCCCAGAAGAUCUGGUUUAAGGCUUGCAGCUAUGUGUCAUGAAAGUAAGCCUUCUCUGCAACAACAGUAAGACCAAAAGAAGCGCACAGCCCAAGCAGUGCUGUGCGUCCCGGCUCUGCCCUGUAGUGGGGUUAUUCCCCAGGCUUCAUGUACCGGAUUUGCCCACUCACUUCAGGAAUCACCAGUGUUACUGAUCUGAAUUUCCUUAAAGAAAAUGGAGAGUUUUCGAGCAAGACUGAGGAUCCUCUCUGCAAGUGGGAUGAGAGCCCAUAUCUACUGUGAAGACUUUCUGUUCCCAAAAGUGCGCAGGACAGCAGCAGACCUAUGGUCGGUUUACUCCAAGCCUGUCCCAGCAAAUGGCAGAGAGCUGUGGACCUUGUUUCUGCAGUGCUCCUGUGUUACAGUGGUGAUAGGAGGCCUCUUUUACAACUGGAUAUUUGCUUCCCUGGAGUAUUCCUGGCAUCUCUCCAUUGCAAUGGCCAUCUCCUUCAGUCUGCUCCUUCUUCUGACCCUUUUCUUGGUGCAUCCUGCCCGUUGUGUCUUCAGUAUGAUCAUGCCUACAUUAGGUACCAAACAAGGACGGAAGCUUCUCUUGUCAACCUGCAUCAUGAUAGUGGCAGUUAACGUAACACCCAACAUCUUAAGCAACAUUAAAACCAUACUGCAGGUAAUUAAGUGCAUCUGCAAGAACUCCUCUGAGAGUCUUUUGAACUCCACUGCUCUGCUAGGGAAGGCUUCCUGGGAGUUUGGGGAUGCAAUCCAAAAAAAUGUUGAUUCUGCUAAUAUUGAUAGGCCUAUGAAUGGCCAUUUUCAGUUUUCACUGCUUCAUAACAGCUCCUUGAUUUACCACCAAAUGCACCUUGCUGGUGAGAAAAUUGGAAGGGACUUUUUGGCUGUUGAAGUACUGGUCAAAGACUCUGUACAAAUAGGCAACAAGCUGGUAGCUGGCUUCUCCAUGCUCUAUCUCUGUUUUGAAUCCACUUGGUAUUUGAAAAACUAUCUUACCAACCUCCGCUUUGACAAUUUUUACAUCACCAAGAAGCUGGAGUGUUUAGCUGUGGACAGAAAAUCAGCUCAUCUGCUGGUGAGGUCACCCAGAAACCUCAUUCGACCAACAGGCUUGAAGUUAUCCAGGGAAGAAGUGAUGCUGUGCCUUGUGCAAACCAUGCUCCUCACUGUGGCCCUGAUGCUAAUGCUGGUGGUUGUGGCAAUGGACCACUUUGCGUUUAGCAUGGCAGACACAGCGGUGAGAAAGGCGGCUCAGUUCUCUGUGGUGCCCAUUGCUCUCAGCAUCAAAUACAGGGCUAAAAUAGGCAUCUUGCCCUUUCUUUCAAAACUUUUCCCACUUUUUUAUGAAGAAUUACCACUUCAGGACUUUGAAAAAAGCUACCACCAUUAUCUGAUCUCCAGCUCUGCCCACUGCAGCAUCAGCCCCCCGAAGCCUCCCAGCCCCUCCGUGCUGCUCGUCGUGGGGCUGCUCUUCUGCACCCUCUACGCUACCGUAUUCCUGGAAACCUAUGCACGCCGCCUGUGCAGAACAAUCGCAGGUUCCUUCUUUGAGAGCUGGGAGGAGAAGCGAGUGCUUUACCUCUACAAGAAGCUGUCCAGGAAGCCCAAGGAGGAAGAAAACUGUGUGAAAAACUAAGGAUAAUUUUGGAAAUGCAGGUGAUGCUCAAGACCCGUGGCACUGGCUGGGCACAAGCUUCUGUAGUGGGAUCAUGCAUUUAAUUUUCCAGAGUCGCAGGAGUGGUUGGAAUUUUGGGGAAAAACAUUGGCAAAGAAAAAGGGCUCUGUGUGUGUGUGUGUGUGUGAAAUAUCGUAUUUUGUCUUAAUUUGAGAAAAAUGGGCUACAUUUUCUUCCUUUUUUUCUGUUUUGUAAUCUAGAAGGUCUAGAUUCAGCUGUUUGAGGAGUGAUGUGAUAUAGCUCACAUGGCUUGGAGGAUAUGAGCAGAAUUAGGUAAAGCCAACUGAGAAAUAUGUGGGAGUUCAGGUGGGGAAGAGCUUAUUUAUCUCCCCCACCACAUCCAUACUGGAAGAAGUAUAUGCUUCCUUUCUUUCUCAAGUUAUCCUUUCAGGCAGGAGAAAGGAAACUCAUUUGAGUUGCUUAAUUUAAUUUUCAGGGAGUUUUUCCUUCAGGUUUUGUGGACAGAAACCUGGGUAGAUUGGAUAAACAUUAGCACUUAGAAGACAGUUCAUUCACCCAAGAAACUGUCAUUUCAGCCACUGAAAUAAAUUCAAGGCAAACAUGACCAUACGAUACACGUCCUGGACAUGGGUGAUGGUGAAAAACAGCAAAUGGGAACUUUAUGAAAUCUCUUCACAAGGGCUUUUCAAAAUGAGUUAUAAACAAAAUAGCUGAAGGACCUCAGAAGGGGAUGAGACCAGCCAAUAAGGGUCAGUUUGGAUGCCAUUCUCUUUUUCUGAGUUACAAGUGAUAGGAUGAGAGGAAGCACUCUCAAAUUGUGCCAGGGGAGGUUUAUAUCGAAUAUUAGGUAAAAUGUCUUCACCGAAAGGGUUGUCAAGCAUUGGAACAGGCUCCCCAGGGGAGUGAUGGAAUCACCAUCCCUGGAGGUGUAGAUGUGGCAACAGGGAAGCAGCAGGACUUGGAGGGCUGGAGCUGCCUGAACCAAGAGCUGGUUUUAUGUGUUGGUUGUUUCAGACUUAGAAACUAUGGUAUCACAUCCAAGAUGCAAAAAUCCAUCACUAGGGCAAUGGCUGAAACAUGUUACUUUUGAAAGAAAGGCUCAUCAGACAUCUCUGUAAGGGCAGGAGCCAGAGGGGGGAGAGAGAAAUCACUGCCAGGUUAAAAAAAAAGCAACUUUGUGGCUUUGUUUCUUCCAAGCAUCUAUAUUAUCUUCCUCCUUUCUCCAUUAGUCUUCAUUAAGGUAAUUAUUUGACAUAAUGCACCUCAAUGAGAUUAAAUUACAGAAGUGAAGUGGCAGCUGCAGCCAGAUGCACUGAAUUCUCUCAGCUUCUAAGAUGCUUGAAAAAAAAUAGGUCUGGAUUAUUUUUUUUAAGCAUCUGCCUAACAAAAUCCUGGUGCAGUCACCUCCCCAGAUUUCUUAAUUCCCUGCUGUUCUGGUGAUUAAUCCAAAAACUUUUCUUCCUCUACAGCAACUAUGGGUUUUGUUAUAAGGUUUCUGUACAAAAUGCCGUAUGCUGCUCUAUUUGGCGAAAGCAAAAAGAUUUCCGUGUGCCCGCUGAAUAGCCAAAAUUAUCUGGAACAAGGGAUUAAAAUAGGUGGGAGGAGAACAGAAGAGCCCCUCCAACGUAAUUACAUUACUGGGAAAGGAUAAUAAUCCACGUGAGGUACUGCCACUCUGCCUCUGUCUCCGGAGUUGCAGCCUUCACAAACCCUUUGUAAAGCAGAGAUGUGCUCCCAUUUCCAUUUUGCAGAAGAGACGAAACAUGAGAUUUUUAUAAACUUCUUUGGUGGGUGUCACGCCACUUUCAGAGAGUUCGGUUACAGAGAACCGUGGGCAGCAGAGCUCCCGUUGCCUACCUGCAUCUAGGGGUCAAUCCUCCUGCCCUGGUUUGGCCAUCUGCCCUAGGAUCAUGCCCCGUGUGCCCUUCAUCUCCUCAGCCUUGUGACCCUCAUGCAUGGAUUUUUUUUUUUAUUUGCUUUAAUAGCCAUGUAGAAAUCAAUAAGGGAAGAAUUUGGGUUUGGAAGGUGAACACCUUGCAAAGUGCUGGUGAGGAGGAGAGAGUUGGGAAGCCAAAAAACUAUAUUUCAUAAUACUGAUGCUGAGGUUUGUUACUGAGAAAAGGGGGUAAUAAACGUUGUGAAGUGUUCCACUCUGCUGUGUAGUGUCAUCUUGAUAGAGUCACAAGGGUUUUUUAAAAUACAGGAAGGAAAAUGUCACUGAUACCUAUUGUGGUUAUUCUAGAGGUGAAGUCGUACUGAUGUUAAAAUGUGUUUACGCUGAAGGCUGAUAUACUUUAAUAUCACUGAAAAGCUAGUGCCCUUGAAAAGGUGUUAACAGAGAGUACUGUUGCUUGAAUUGAUGUCAUCAAAUAUAGGUAUGUAUCGUACACAGUUAAGUGAUGAAUCUAUUCUGAGAGGAAAGGGGAUGCUGAAAGGUGGCUUCUGGCAAUUAUACCUCUUAACCCAGAUAUUCAUGGGAGAAACUAAAUGUAAGACGCUCUGGCAAGCUUGACACUUGAGUGGGACACUCACGGAAGAACUCUGGGUGGUUUCCAGCCUUUGGGACCAGCCAGGAGAGUCAUGGGGAAACCACAGGAAUGGAGUUGAACUUAAAGCAGUGUGUGGCAGAGGUGAGAGCUGGGGCGGCCCGCAUGGGCUGAGCAGAGGGGACCUGCCGGCACGGCUGGAAGGAGCUUAAUCCCUGCAGCAACUUGCUUUUCCACCUCUCUGGAGUGAGUGUCAGCAAGACCCCAGGAACAGAAAUGGGAAAGGAGGCCCCGAGGAGUGGAGGAUGGGUGCUCUGAUAGGCCCUGCUUUGGCAGGAACAGCUUGUGCAGCACAUCAGCCGUGGUGCCCCGUUUCCCUGGGCAGGGGAGCUGGCAGGAGGCAGAGCUGCUGGAAAUUGCUUUGCUCUCCUGUGAGACAUUGUUCCUCAGCAAGAUAAAGGCAUGACAAAAUAGAAAAAGUUACCCAUUAUAGAGUCAUAUUGCGUGCUCUAGAGGUAAGCUGCCUUGCCAGAGUUUGCUUAAUAGUGCAACAGAGAAAUACUGAACCGAUUUAACCAGCAGGCAAAGUUAAUUUAUUCCCAUGUUUUUAUUAAGCAGAGCUAAUUUACGGGCCUCAUUAUUUGCUCAGGGAUUUUCACCCCUCAGAGCCUCUCCAGACUCCAGUCCUCACUUCAGCUUGUCAUGGCUCUUGUUGUCUUUGCUUUUUCUCAGCUGUACCCUCCGCUCUUGCAGGCAGGAGGAAGCAGGGAGCGCAGCUUUGCUGUGCCUGGGACCCACAGGGCAGGUCCCGCGUGUCCACCUCCUCCACAGGGGAAAUCCCGGCAAGGCAGUGCUGCUCCCACACUAGCACAGUGGCUCAUUUACUGUCUAAAUGGCUUUAUGCGGGGAAAUAUUCCAUCACAUCUAGCUUCUAGGUUUGGAUAUUCAUGACAUUUAAAGUUCAGGGUCAGAUGUUUGAGUGCAGAGGCAGGGCUGGGUUGUUCUGGACGGGCUUGGUGAUGGGUACCAAGCUUCCUUGCUCAUGCCAAGCCACUGGGACCCUGC